AAAAAGACUCCACUUCAUACGAGCUUGAGGCUUGAUAGUUACCUCAGAGAGCUUAAGUAAAUCCAUUCUUAUAUUUUAGUCUUGAUCAUGACCUUAGAGACCAGAAACAUGGUCGACUGUAUUAUGAGGAUACUAGCAAUAAGAACUUAUAUAUUUCAUCCUUUAAAUACUCAGGAGAUUUGAGAAUUAGUAGAAAGAAGAAUGAUAUUGAACAGAAUAAGAUUCGAUACGGCUUUAAAAAGAAAUAAACAGAAUAAUGACAUUAAUCCAGAAAAUUUCACACUAGACACUUUAAAUAAUAACAUGCUUAAUACCUCUGUUGAAUUACCAAAGUUCAAAUCAAUUCCAAAAUCUCCCGAUGACAAUCUCGACUACAAAAGCAAAUUUUUAACAAUGGAUAAAUCUCAGAGGAUGCAUACAAAGGGAUCUCGGGCAAAGAGUUCAAUGGAAGCAUCUAAGCUCCGUCGGAAACAUUUUGGUACAGGAGGCAAUUUAAAAGCUUUCCUAAAAUAACGGGUCUAAGAUAGUCAGUGAGUGAAAGAGCAUCCUCUCAGACCUAGAAACCACCCAAGAAGUCAUCAAUAAAAGCCCUAUACUAAAACUUCAUAGUACAAGUCAAUGAGUAGAAUCUUGGAAUAAGAGUAAAAGAAAUCUGGAAUUCAUGAAGAAGAUCAAGAAAUACCCAGCUAAAUAAGAAGAAAGGCAGAUUUUACCAGAAAUCCCAUAUUUUCCCAAAGAAAUUAAUAAAUUCACAAGAUUAUCGAACAUUUUGAGCUAACUCGUUUGAAGAAGACCUUAAGCGACUAAAUGCAAAUCCUUUUGAAGUUUGCCAGAUAAGAGUCAAAGAGAGGAAUGAGAAUGACUAUUUGAUCCUCAAAGGCUGGCUUAAGCAGCUUCACUUUUUCAGGAAAUAUCCUGCCCUUAUUAUUGACAAAUUAUGAGACAAACUUGAACCAGUUUAUUAUCCAAAGGGUGAUGUAAUCAUGGACAUUGGAGAAAGCAGCACUUUCAUGGUGAUCAUAUUCUCUGGCAAAAUCGGCAUAUAUUUGAAACCUUCAAAGGACAUUAAGAAAUUAAAAUCAAAGAUUAGUUUUGUUGCUGUCAAAACUUCUGGUGACGUAGUUGGGGAUAGUGGGUUACUAAAAACUGCUUGAAGAAGUGCCUCCUGAAUAGCUCUAACAGAUAUUCAAGCUCUUUACCUUUCAGCAACUGAUUAUUCCAAUACAGUGAAAGAUUUCCACAAAAACGAAUUAUUGGAAAAUAUCGCUUUCACUCACAACCUUUCGUACUUCAACAAGCUAACACACGAUGAGAAGACUAACCUUGCUAUGCGCUUCAACUCCCAUAUUUAUCAUAAAAAAGGCUCAAUCAUAAUGAACGCUGGUGACAAAGUCCAACAGCUCUACAUACUAAAAGAAGGGCUCCUCAAAGUUGAGAAACAGCUAAAGAUCCUUGAAAAGAACAGGUGGCCAAUUAAGGAUUCUUAUCAAGAGCUCAUUUGCAGCACUACAAAGUUUGAGACUAUUUAGAGGCCACACUAAUCCUCUUAUCAGAGGCCAAAUGUUCGGUCUCUAUGAGAUUCAGAAGAAUAUACCUAUGAGUUGAAGGAUCACCGUUCUUUCAGAGACAGCCAAGAUACUGACUAUUAAUAAAGGAGAUUUAUUGGCAGUGCUCAGAGAAGCUGAGGUAAAAAAGCAAAGUAAAAUACGAUCAUUAUAAUCAACCAUGCUUCGACUCUAAAACCCUCACCACUCUGCAGUCCACCACUCUCUGAAAACCUCACAACACAUUCUAAACUAAACAGCUUCUGGAGUUCCCCCAAUUGCAUAAAAUUCAGUUCUCAAAAAGAAGUGAUGAAGACUGUAAUGGAACGAAUAAUUGACCAAAAGAAGUUAAAGAAGGCCAAGUUAAGAAUCCAACAGCUAAUUACUCAAUAA